GCGGGUGCAGGCAGCGAACGGUUGAAAAGCAUGCAUUUGGUUUUACUAGCGUUUAAGAGCAGUUGGAGGCCACGGAAGCGCACCUGUACGUCUAUCAUGAGGCACACAAGUACCUCUCCUAUACCUGGCACUCCCUUAGGUUCCUUCCCCAGUCUGUAUUGUUCCUGUGUUCAUGCGUAGAUGCUGCUGUUAUGUUGUUUCGUUCCAUGUUUGUUGUUUUAUUAAACGUUUCACCUGCACCUGCUUCUCAACUCACAGUGUCUUCGUUACACAUUCAAUGUAAAAACUCUACUGAGAAUGUUUUGAAUCGUGAUCUUGGCUUAAUCUGAGUCUUGGAUAUAUUGCAUCACUGAGCAAUAUCUGGUUGUAAUGUAGGCCAACAAAUUAGUGCACACCAUAAAUCUUUAGAUUGCCUACAGUACAUGGCUGAAUACGGAUGGAAACGUUCAACAGGAAGUGAUGCAUGUCUUUCCCCUAACCAAUCAAGUCAUUCUUAGAUUUUAAACAUCCCACAAUUCUUUUCAUUUUGUCAGUCAGUCAUUCAUAGUAACAAAGAAAAACAGUUGUUAAAGCUACAGUUAGUCCAUAUCAGGAUGAUCAGAAUCUGCCUUCUUUGGGGACUUCUCUCUCAAGUGUACCUGAUUCAGACUGAAGAUGCUCCUCAACCAAUACCAGUGACUACUCGUCUAUUUGGAGACAAUAUAUCUUUGCCAUGUCCUAAAGCAGAAUCUCAACAAUUCCUGUACUGGUACAGACAAACUGUUGGCCAACUGCCCCAUCUUGUCGCAUCUGUAUCCUAUGCAUCAGGACCUGUACUUAAUGGAGAGUUUAAGAACCCACGUUUCAAAGUGGAGGAAUCUGAAUAUGUGUAUAAUCUCAUUAUCAGAAAUAUCAGCACAUUAGAUGAGGCAACAUACUUUUGUGGAAUGGGGACAAUAUAUGGGAUGAACUAUGGACAUGCAACAUUUUUGGCUGUGAAGGGACACAAUCACCCUACAGUGGUGCAGCAACUAGUUUCUGAUCCAGUCCAUCCAGGAGACUCUGUGAUUCUACAGUGUACAGUACUCUCUCAGACCUGUACAGGAGAACACAGUGUGUACUGGUUCAGAGCCGGAUCAGGAGAAUCCCAUCCAGGAGUAAUUUACACCCCUGGGAACUUGAGUGAUGCGUGUAAGAAGAACCCCGAGACUCCCUCUCCUACACAGAGCUGUGUCUACAGCCUCUCCAAGAACAACCUCAGUCUCUCUGAUGCUGGGACUUACUACUGUGCUGUGGCCACAUGUGGGGAGAUCCUGUUUGGCAACGGAACAAACCUAAAUAUUGAAAGAUCACUGGAUCAUGUAGUCAUUGGACUGGGAGUGACAUCAGUUUUCUGUGUGAUUGUGAUCAUUAUACUCAUCUUCAGCAGAAUUACAAAGCCAAUUUCUGAACAUUAUAAAGUGAGUGUUGCUCAGCAUAUUAGACAUGACAACUCAACCACUGAAUAUGAUCAGGAUCAUGACCCAGAUACCCUGAAUUAUGCUGCAUUGCAUUUCUCUGAGAGGAAAACUAAAAGAGGAAGAAAGAAGAGAGAGACACAACAGGAGAGUGUGUACUCUGAUGUCAGAGUAGACUGGGACUGAACGUUGUUUAUGUGCAGAGGAAUGGAUGUAGUUUGGGCAAUAAACUUUUCUUAAUAUA